CCAUUUUCUCAUUUUCAUUUUCUCAUUAUAUUUCUCUUCUAUUCAUUUAACAAAUUUAUUAUUGUACUUUAAUAUCCGUCAAUAUUUUUAAUCAUGUCAAAUAAAAAAAAAUACACUAUGAUUGGUGCCACCGUUUUGCACGUAGUGUCUAUACUCGUGUUAGGAGUCCUUGGCUUUUUAGUGGAAAGCGACAACAGCAAAGCUGGUAAUGUUCACACCGGUGGUCGCAUUGUUACUGCCUUUGUGUUUAUUAUUGGUAUGAUAUGCAUUAUAACAGAAGGUAUGAAAACCAGCAAAUCCGAAUCUCAUUUAUAUAAUAGGCUUAUAAUAGCAUUGUUUGGUUGUAUGUCAUUUAUUGCACUACUCAACGACUCGAUGACGGCCCUUGUUCUUAACGGAGAUCUUACUGGUGGAAAGACUGCGGCGUUCAAGGGCGCAUUCUGGGCAACUGCAAUUGUAACGGUGUUUCACGCAGUAUUAGUUUGUUCUAUUGGGCUACACAGUACGGAGGAAUUGGCAACUGAGUAGUACUUUGUUUUGGGUAUCUGUUUUAAUCAAAUAUUAUCAAUAUA